AGCAAGUCAAACUAUCUGUUCCUAACUUCGAUUUCAAGAUUUUCCUGAUUUGAGGAUUGAUUUAUUGCUCAUUGUCCAUUUUCGUCCUCAAUUUGUAAUAAAAGCAAACAAUAGUUAUGUAAUGUUUGAAAUCUGUCAAUGAAUACUGAAAAUAAAUCCAAGCUAACAUUAUCAAAUUGUGUUUGUGAUAUUUGUCAGUGCUUUAAUAAUAAACUAGAAAAUAAACAAUAUGCUCAUGUUAAAUGUAAAUUGAAUGAUAAAGUUAAAUUAUGGAAUCGUUACGAAGGAAUUGUGAAAUUUAUUGGUCCUAUUCAUUUUAAAAGUAAUGUUAGUGUUAUUCUUGUUGGCAUUGAAUUAGAUUCACAUAUUUCUAGAAUUACAUUAAAUAAUUAUAAUCUCUACUGUGAUCAAAUGAAACGUAUUCUUGUACCAACAACAUUUUUUACAUUAUUAUCACCAGGACAACGUGGUUAUCCACAAAUUAAAGGUUUUAAAAUGAAUCCAAAUUAUAAAUUAAUACAGAAAAAUCGUGAACUUUAUAAAACUAUUGAUCCAAUAUUGUAUCAGUUGAGAUUUCGAAGAUAAAUGGAUAAAAGGUACUCAUAUUGACAGAAAGAGUUUGAUAAAGAUGAAGAAUAUAAUGGAAGGGUCCAAGUGUCAUCUGUUCAAUAUUCCAUACUUUAAUAAUUGAAGCAUUAUAUCAUUAUAAAUGCUAUGAUAUAUA